CCAGACCCAACAGCAUCAAUCCACUCUUCCACCGAGACCCUAGGUAUACAACUCACCACGCGACAAGAGAAAAGAACAAAAAAAAACGAAGUAGUAAAAUGUCAACCCCACCCCCCACCUCCAGAGGCGACCAUAUCCCCCCCGAGAUCCUAUCCUCGGAGGUCCCUAUCGGCCGCGAACUCGGCAUUCUCUUUGGAUUCCUCAUCGCCUCGCUGGUGAUCAUGUCCGUUUACGCUGUUGUUUGGCGGGCCAUCGAACGCCGCGAAGAAGAGCGCGAUCGUCUGCGACGUGAGAAACUCGUUGCGCGCGGGGUGCAUCAUGGUCGCGGCGGGAUCCACGAGAAGAUGCUGGACCAGGAGGUCUUCAUGGGGAGGGCGGAGCUUCCUGUACAUGGAUCUCGGAGCCAGAGUCGGACUCGUCAGGAGGAGGGCGAUGGGGACGAGGCUAGGGCUAGAACGGGGGAGAGGAUGAUGAAUGGCGGAUCUGGUGGGAGGACAAGGGCGACUUCGAAUUCCAUACCGAUGGCGAUGUGAUAAGGCUGGACAGGUGGGCAUUAGUAUACUGGAGUUAUUAAAUUUGGUUUAUGCUUGUCGUUAUAGUAUCAGUGGGGCUUGUUUGCUUU